CCUAAGUAGCCAGCUUAAAGCUAGCCGCCGCUGCUAGCUGCCGCUGCUAGCCGCCUGUCUUGCUCACGAUAAAUGAUGAUAUUCUGACCGGUGGCCGACAUUAACCUGGACAACUGCGGGAGAGCAGUAACAGCGAUCCAGCUGGCUAAGUGACUGGACCAGAGGACCUUGGCACCACUGUGUGCCAGUUGACUUCAAGCUCUUAGGAUUUCUGAGUCCAGCAGAAGAUGAACGGUCUGUCCAUCCGAGAGCUAUGCUGCCUGUUUUGCUGCCCCCCGUGCCCCAGUCGCAUUGCAGCCAAACUGGCUUUCCUCCCUCCAGAGCCCACCUACGCUCUUCUCCCUGACCCAGAUGCUGUUACUGCUGCUGGAACUGCGUCUGCGUCCGGCUCUGGGGUGGCUCUCCCCUCUCUCGGAGCCCCUGGACUGCGGUCCCGGCUAAGUGCUGGUGGCAGUGCGGACAGAGGAGGUGGAGGUAGUGGCAGUGGUGCUGGAGGAGGAGGAGGGGGUGGCGGCGGCGGCGGUGGUGGUGGUGGUGGUGGUGGUAGCAGUGGCAGUAACAGUGGUGGCAGCGGCAGUGGGGCAGAAGGCAGGUGGAAGCUCCAUCUCACGGAGAGAGCUGAGUUCCAGUAUUCCCAGAGAGAGUUGGAUGUGACGGAUGUAUUCCUGACCAGGUCUAGUCGAGGAAACAGGGUUGGAUGCAUGUACAUCCGCUGUGCCCCCAAUGCCAGGUUUACAGUGUUGUUUUCACAUGGUAACGCAGUAGAUCUGGGCCAGAUGAGCAGCUUUUACAUUGGCUUAGGAACACGCAUCAACUGCAACAUCUUCUCCUACGAUUACUCGGGCUAUGGUGUGAGCACUGGCAAGCCUUCAGAGAAGAACCUUUAUGCUGACAUAGACGCUGCCUGGCACGCCCUGCGCUCACGGUAUGGUAUCAGCCCUGAGAAUAUCAUCCUGUACGGACAGAGCAUCGGCACUGUGCCUACAGUGGACUUGGCAUCGCGGUUCGAGUGUGCUGCUGUGGUCCUCCACUCUCCUCUCACUUCUGGCAUGAGAGUGGCGUUUCCAGACACUAAGAAAACAUACUGCUUUGAUGCUUUUCCCAACAUCGAGAAGGUAUCGAAGAUCACGUCUCCGGUGCUCAUCAUCCACGGUACAGAGGACGAGGUGAUCGACUUCUCUCACGGCCUCGCCCUGUUCGAGCGCUGCCCCAAGGCCGUGGAGCCCCUCUGGGUGGAGGGAGCCGGUCACAACGACAUUGAGCUUUACAGUCAGUACCUGGAGAGGCUACGGCGCUUCAUCAACCAGGACCUGGCUGCACAGCACGCCUGAGACAGACACAGCCUCUCGGUGUUUGUUUGAAUGAGCGUGCGUGCGUGUUAAUGUGUGUGCAUGCAUGUACGAGUGCGAAAGGAGGUUGAAAGGUGUGUCUGAGAAAUAACCCCCCCCCCCAAAAAAAAAGCAUGUGUGAGUUUUUUUGUCACAUCUGUGUGUCUUUGAAGCAGCACACUUUCAGGUUCAACCUCUAACACAACGUUCCGUUUUCAAUUUUGAAGGUGAGAACUUUAAAAGAAAGAAAGAAAAACAAAUAAAAUCAGAUGUACCCAUCAGGUGAGAUAAGUUGCAGUCCUAAUGUGGGAAAUGUCGUCAGGUGUGAUUUCUCCAGUGUGUUCACUGAACUGAGAAGAGAAAACAUCGUGCUCUGUCCUAGAAGGCACACAGAUGUAAUCUUGAAGUGUGACAUUUGUGUGAAUGGGUGUGUUAUGACGCGAGUGUUGCGGGUCCAUUCAUAUCUCCGUGGACCCGUGACACCCUGAUUGGGCGUGUGUGUGUGUGUGUGUGUCUGUGUGUCUGUGUGUGCGUGUUUGUAUGUGUUAGCUGACAGUAAUUAAGGACAUCCUGAUGACUUGGACAGCUACGAGCUGAGGAGGCUUAUGGAGACUUAUCGAUAUUGGUGUAUUUUUUUUUUUUUUUUUUUUUUUUGUUUCUAUUUUUUUUUUAUUUGGUGUGUGUAUGAAGAAUACCUCCACGGCUUGACCAGCUCUCUCUCUCUCCGGUGGACAUACCCUGGUCAAGCCCGUGCCCCCUCCUCUGCUCUUUGUUUACCUGUUUAAUGGACAUCCGUCUGACUGCCAGGGCAUUUCCCAAGUUGUCGUCCAGCUAACACUAACCUGCUGCUCUGGGUGGUCUGGGGGUCCGUCCCCUGCUCCUCGGUGUCGGCUAUGGUGGAAACACAUGGACUAGUCUGGAAUACUCUCAUAGCUUGUUUGGCUGCUGGGCGUCCCAGAGGAUCAUUGAAUGACCAGGCUUUUUUUUUUUUUCUUCUUCUUCUUUUUUUAACGUGUAUUUCCUGGCUGUGGUCUUUCACACUUCACAGAAUCACAGCAGCAUCUUCCAGGGAAUAGCUGUGAUUUUCCUGUAUAUGUCUCCCAACAUUUAUCUCCACAAGAAGGGUUGUUUGGUUAAAGUGGAAACGGGACUCUCUGUAGCACUCUGAGAAGAUCUGCUUCGUGGGCUUUAAUCAAAGUGCCGUGGAAGUGCAGGCCUACUCAGUAAUUUUCAUGUCUCCUGUCUCUUUUGGAUUAUCUGGCUCUAAACAGAAAGCUCGAAGGCCUUCAGUAUACUAAUGGGUGACUUUAAAGGUUAGAGUGCACUAGCUUGCUAAAAGCCAGGAUUUAAGGGAAAGUUUGACAUUUGUAGGGGGGAAAAAAACACAUUUGCACACUUGCUCUGCUGCUGAAAAUGUGAUGAGAGGAUUUAUGCCACUCUCGCAGACACUCUUGGUCGUGGCUGCACCCAGACAAAACAAUUGUCCAGCACCCAGUAAAACCACUUGUCACAUGCAAAAUGUGCUGGUUGGUUGACUCAACCAGGCGUUUUCAUCUUUCGCAGUCUUCUCAUCACUGAGUGGUGUCGGUGCUCUUAUCUCAUUCUCACGUGGAAAACAAAAACAGCAGAUUCCCCUAUUGUCGAGCUACAUAUUCGAGUUUGAAGUGCAGCUGUUAAGGUCUCUGUGAAUUAUUUCUUUAUCUUGUCCUGGUGAACAAGCUCCCGUGAAGCUCAAAAGCUCUGAGGAAAUGAGACCAAGUAGCUGCUCAGUUCACCAAACUAAUGAGGAUUAUUCCCACUUUAUUCAGAAUAAUCAUGCUUCAUCAGAAUUACGCUGAUUAACAUUGAGCACAGUUUGUUUCAAUUGUCUCGUUCCAGUAGCACUCAUCAUCAUCAGUUACUCAUCCUCUCGUCGGUAUUCACCCUCUGCACAUUUCUUGUAGUGUUUACGUCUCGAUGUAAUUUAUCCAGCUGUGUUUUCGUCGUAGUGUGGGGCCACGGACCCGAACCAUACGUGUCGAUGUUCUGACUCACGAUGUUGACGUAGAUCAGGUGCCGGGAUCAUGUCUGCUCGCUCUGUUUCA